ACCGACCAACCCUCCGGGUGACGGGCGGACGGCAGAGGCGGGAGUCAGGAGCCGCGUCGGGCGACGCCGAGGACGAGCGCGUCAGGCUCCGCGGCCGCCACAUUCGGUCCUUGUGCUGAAUGAAGCGCCCGCCCCGCUGAGCCCCGAGCCCGGCGCGUUCUCCCCUCCGCAAGAUGGACGGUUUCGCCGGCAGCCUCGAUGAUAGUAUUUCCGCUGCAAGUACUUCUGAUGUUCAGGAUCGCCUCUCAGCUCUCGAGUCACGAGUUCAACAACAGGAAGAUGAAAUCACUGUGCUAAAGGCAGCAUUGGCUGAUGUUUUGAGGCGUCUUGCAAUCUCUGAGGAUCAUGUAGCCUCAGUGAAAAAGUCUGUGCCAAAUAAAGGCCAACCAAGCCUCCGAGAAGCUAUUUCCAUGUCCUGUAUAACCAAUGGAAGUGGUAUUAACAGAAAACAGAAUCACACCAGCUCUGUGUCAAUAGCAAGAAAAGAAACUCUUUCAUCUGCUGCUAAAAGUGGUACAGAAAAAAAGAAAGACAAGCCACAAGGACAGAGAGAAAAGAAAGAGGAGUCUCACUCUAAUGAUCAGAGCCCACAAAUGCGAGCAUCACCUUCUCCCCAGCCCUCUUCACAACCUCUCCAAAUAAACAGACAAACUCCAGAGAGCAAGAGCUCCGCUCCCACCAAAAGCAUAAAACGUCCACCAACAGCUGAAAAGUCACAUAACUCAUGGGAAAACUCAGAUGAUAGUCGUAAUAAAUUAUUGAAAACCGUUUCAACAUCAAAACUAAUAUCAAAGGUUAUAAAAAGUGCAGACAAACACAAAGAUGUCAUCAUCAAUCAAGCAAAAAUGUCAACCCGUGAAAAAAACAGCCAAGAAGGAGAAUAUAUUAAAAUGUUUAUGCGAGGUCGGCCAAUUACCAUGUUCAUUCCUUCGGAUGUUGACAACUAUGAUGACAUCAGAACAGAACUGCCUCCUGAGAAGCUCAAACUGGAGUGGGUAUACGGUUAUCGAGGGAAGGACUGUCGAGCGAAUGUUUACCUGCUUCCUACGGGGGAGAUAGUUUAUUUCAUUGCAUCAAUAGUGGUACUAUUUAAUUAUGAGGAGAGGACUCAACGACACUAUCUGGGUCAUACAGACUGUGUGAAAUGCCUGGCUAUACAUCCUGACAAGAUUAGGAUCGCAACUGGACAGAUAGCUGGAGUGGACAAGGAUGGAAGGCCUCUGCAACCCCAUGUCAGGGUGUGGGAUUCAGUAAGCCUUUCCACACUGCAUGUCAUUGGACUUGGAACUUUUGAGCGUGGCGUAGGAUGCCUGGAUUUUUCAAAAGCAGAUUCAGGUGUUCAUUUAUGUGUUAUUGAUGACUCCAAUGAACAUAUGCUCACUGUAUGGGACUGGCAGAAAAAAUCAAAAGUAGCAGAGAUAAAGACAACAAAUGAAGUUGUUUUGACUGUGGAAUUCCACCCAACAGACGCAAAUACUAUAAUAACAUGUGGUAAAUCUCACAUUUUUUUCUGGACCUGGAGUGGCAAUUCACUAACAAGAAAACAGGGAAUUUUUGGGAAAUAUGAGAAACCAAAGUUUGUUCAGUGUUUAGCAUUCUUGGGGAACGGAGAUGUUCUCACUGGAGACUCGGGUGGAAUCAUGCUCAUCUGGGGCAGAACUGCUGUGGAGCCCCCACCUGGGAAAGGACCUAAAGGUAUCUAUCAGAUCAGCAGACAAAUCAAAGCUCAUGAUGGCAGCGUGUUUACGUUCUGUCAGUUGCGAAAUGGGAUGCUAUUGACUGGAGGAGGGAAAGACAGAAAGAUAAUUCUGUGGGACCAUGAUCUGAACCCUGAAAGAGAAAUUGAGGUUCCUGAUCAGUAUGGCACAAUUAGAGCUGUUGCAGAAGGAAAGGCAGAACAAUUUUUAGUAGGUACAUCACGAAACUUUAUUUUACGGGGAACAUUUAACGAUGGCUUCCAAAUAGAAGUGCAGGGUCACACAGAUGAGCUCUGGGGCCUCGCAACACAUCCCUUCAAAGAUUUGCUGUUGACGUGUGCUCAGGACAGGCAGGUGUGCAUGUGGAACUCCGUGGAACACAGGCUGGAGUGGACCAGGCUUGUGGAUGAACCAGGACACUGUGCAGAUUUUCAUCCAAGCGGUACAGUGGUGGCCAUUGGAACACACUCAGGCAGGUGGUUUGUUCUGGAUGCAGAAAGCAGAGAUCUGGUGUCCAUCCACACCGAUGGGAAUGAGCAGCUCUCUGUGAUGCGCUACUCAGUAGAUGGUACUCUCCUGGCUGUAGGAUCUCAUGACAACUUUAUUUACCUCUACUCAGUCUCAGAAAAUGCAAGAAAAUACAGCAGAUAUGGAAAGUGCACUGGACAUUCUAGCUACAUCACACACCUUGACUGGUCCCCAGACAAUAAGCAUAUAAUGUCCAACUCGGGCGACUAUGAGAUACUGUACUGGGACAUUGAGAAUGGCUGCAAACUAAUCAGGAACCGGUCAGACUGUAAGGACAUCGACUGGACAACGUACACCUGUGUACUAGGCUUCCAAGUCUUUGGUGUUUGGCCAGAAGGAUCCGAUGGGACAGACAUCAAUGCACUGGUGCGGUCCCACAAUAGAAGGGUGAUAGCUGUGGCCGAUGAUUUCUGUAAAGUUCAUCUGUUUCAGUAUCCAUGCUCCAAAGCAAAGGCUCCCAGUCACAAGUACAGUGCACACAGCAGCCAUGUGACCAAUGUCAGCUUUACUCAUAAUGACAGUCACCUGAUUUCAACUGGUGGGAAAGAUAUGAGUAUCAUCCAGUGGAAGCUUGUGGAAAAGUUACCUUUACCUCAGAAUGAGGUAGUCACAGACAACAGUCAAACCAAAGCCCCUGCCUCUUCUACUGAAAAUGCCAGGCAGCCUAACCCUCUACCAUUGCCUCCUUCCCAACCGUUAACUCAUAUGGCUGAGGAAGAAAGUAGAAUAAGCAGCUCACCCACACUUGUGGAGAACAGCCUGGCCCACACUGCGGAGCCCAGCGAGGAGCAGAGCGAGGGGGGCAGCGAAGACCUUGGUACAGUGAUUUAUGAAGAGCCUGCCAGUGAAUUUGGCGAGAAGCAGGGAGCACCAGACCUGCCUGAGGACCAGCAAGGCAUGCCACUCCUGUGCUGAAGCCUAGGCUGCAGUGUUCCCUCAGCUGCCAGGGACGGGAUGGAGUAACACAAUGGGUAGUGAAAUGCAGCAAGCCAAAGGUCAUUCGGUAUAUGAUGAAAACUUAAAACCAAACUUAAACAACAGGAGGAGACUGGCAGGUGAGUGUCUCUAAGGAAUCACCGUGUGUGGUGUGAAUACUGGAAACAGAGCUGCAGUUAUGCCCAUCGAAAUAAACCCGAUAUCUGAACAUGAUUUCCUCAAAACCGAAGAACCAAUGGAGGCAUCACAAACACCAUUGCUCAUCCACGGCUCGAACUAUCAUUUUCCUGAUACAGGAAAGUGAUUUUAUUGUGAUACAGUUCCACCCGAAUGUCUAAUGGGAACUUUUUAAUUAAGGAAAACUUGAGUAUUGCCAAGUAUGGUGGUGUUGCCUUUUCCUGUAAUACUGCAUUUUCUUACACUACCAGUAGAUGUCCGGACAUGCUCAUGAGGCUACUCUAGGGAUUGGUUGCCUCCUCUAAGUUAUAGUGAGGAAUAAUAGCCCUCCGUUCCUGUGGACAGAUACUUUAUCCUAGAAACAAGCAUUGGUUUGUUGAAGAGCUUUUAAUGUAUAUUAAACCAUGAUUCUGAGAGAUGGUGGGUUCUCCAAGGAGUCCUUUACCUCUCUAAUGUUUGGCAUUCAAGGGAAUGGAAAGAGAAAAGAAGAAAAAACCCGCCUGCCUUUAAAAGACAAACUGUACUGAUGACCUGCUAACCCUCGCUAGCCUUCAGCACUGUCUGUUCCCUCAGUAGAAGUUUAAACACAGUAGUUUAAAUGGUUGAAUUGGUGCUUGAGAAUCAUUGGUUCAGUUGUAAUUUUAUACAGUUUCUACGCCGAGGGAUGUCUUUUUUAAGGAGUGUAAUAGUCACAGUACCGCUUACUAGGUGGCUCCCUGUGCAGAUUGCCGUCUGGGCAUUUCCUCCUUCUGUGAGCCUUGCAGCCCCUGGAUGGCCAGCCGUGGUGUGGGCAGUGCACGUUGGUAUACGUGGGAAGGGGCUUUUUUUCAAGUUUUGUCAGAUAACUAUUUUUCUUACGUAUGUUUCCUACUUAAAUGACUGACAAGUGUGCAUUUCCUAUGUUUGUUUAUACUUUGAUUACAAAAACUGUUUAUUUUUUUUACCUUGCUACAUUGUUUUCAUACUUUUGUUGUUGGAUUAUGUUUAGGAACUUUUCAUAGGUUCAGAUGUCUUAAGUAUGCAGCCGUUUACGUGACUGUGCCAUUCCAAAGUGCAUCAAAACUGUCAUUCCCUUCUAGUGUCUUCUCAGGAGUAACAUGUGAAAAUCAGGUAUUUCACCGUUUGGAAAUAUGAAAGCUCCGGUGAACUCCCAAGGACCCUUCUGACACUCGUACCGCACACUGUGUGGAAGUGUGUGUGUGGAGGGACAAGUGGACACCUGUGUAUCUCUAGAUAAGACAGAUGCACACCAAAACGCUCACAGUGUAAGUCUGUCUAGGUAUAUGUCCAUGUAUCUCUCUCUCUCUCUCCUUUUGUUUACAACAUUGUUUUUAAGUAAGGGGAAAAAACACCUCAAAGUAGCUCUCUUCCAAAGAAGAGCUACUAAGCCACCUGACUUUGAGUUCUUUCUGUACCCAGUUAUCAGAGCGCAGUUUCAGGCAUCUCUCUCUCCACUGGUUAGCAGUGGUGACAAAAUCAAGUCCUUGAGAAAGGACACUAGGAGAUGGAAGUACAUUUCUUCCGUGCCUGGAGGAUGCAGCUCUCCACCAACAGGGACUUUAUUUGGGGACAUCUGUCACCUUUGGGGUUGCCAUGUACAAUGAGAUUUUUAAUCAUGAUACUCUUGGGUGGUAGUUUCCAAAGACACUACUCAUGCGCAGAAAGCGUUCCAGCCCUAGUGCUGGCGACUACUGUUUCAUGUCAGUCACAUCUGUGAUAAUGGCUGGAAGGAUGGGGGAUUAUGAAAUUGUAAAUGUUUUCUUAGAAAAACUUGUGAAUGAAAAUGAACCCAAGUGUUUCAUGUGAAGAUGAGCCAUUUCUAUCAUGCAUUCCGAUGUCAUGGCAGAAAAUUUUGAAGAUUAAAAAAUAAGAAUCAAAACA